AUGGAAAUGGAAGAAGAGAAGGAUUUGCCUUUGCUAUUGGGAACCCCUUUCCUUAGUACAGUUGGCGCUUCAAUUGACUUUCACAAGCAAGAAGUGAUCCUUCACAAGGUGAAUAGUUUGGUGUCAUAUCGCUUGCAGCCUAGAGGUUCAGACUUUUGUGCCACAAUUGACAGUACCAAUCUCAGUUCUAAGAGUCAUGGAGCUACAAAGGUUGUGAAGGAAAGGGUUGACAAGGAACCAAGAGUUGGGAAGGAUAAGGAUGAGAGAGGACCAAGGAUUGAGAAGCCACGUCUUGAGAGGGCUAGAGUUGAGAAACCACGAUCUGAUAGGCCAAGAGCUGAGCGACUUGUUCAAGCCCCUUGUGUGCUUGAUGAAGAGAGCCUUCAAGCUUUGUUUGAUGAGCCACUAGGAAGGGCUCUACAAGAAGGGGAGGAUGCAGCCUCUAAGGCAAGACCAGGAGAUAAAAGAAAGGAUCCACCAGCUCAGGCCCCUUCAGUCAAGCCAUCUCAGCUCACAAUGACUUUGUUCCCCACCAAGUUUGAAAAUGGGAAGAUUGAGUACAAGAUAAGGUACAAGGGGAGAUCAAGGCCAUUCUCUAGAGCCAAGGCCUUGGUGACUUCAGAACAGUCCAGGGACCCAACCAAGCUAAAGGAGCUUCUGUCUCAAGUGUCAAGGAGCCAGCUCGACCGACAGCUCGAUCGAGCUAGAAACCAGGGCAACUCGAUCGAGUUCCGCAACUCGACCGAGGAACCCAACUCAAGAAGCAACAAGUUGAAGAUGUUGAGAGGUGAAGGAAGCCAAGCAGCAUUGGGGAGAAAGCAAAGGGCAGAGAAGGCAAGAAGAAUGAGAGAAAGGAUGUCCAUAGAUGAGGUUGGAAUAUGUGAGAUCAAGGGAAGAGAGAACCAGCAGAUGAAAGAAAGGCAUGCCUCCUCUGAGGAGCGUUCUGAAAGCGAGAAAUUUAGGGAAGAGAGGAGAACCAAGAAGAAGGAAUGA